CUCAAGUGACAAGUGCUUUCGUCGUACCUUAUUGAAAUGCUAAUAUAGACCUCUGGACAGGUGACUAAACCUUCAACCAAAAUGCGGUUUUUGUUAAGACCGAUUCUUGCUUUGGUGAUAAUUACAAUUUUGUUUGUUGGAGUUGCAAAAUCAUGCGUCAGUGACAAGGAUUGUAAAGGCGAGGAACGGUGUUACAAGUACAGUUGCAAGAAACCGGUGAACCUACAUCAGUGCACCAAGCCUGCUGACUGCCAUAAAGAUGCCGUAUGCCAUCGAGAAAAAUGUCAUUGCAGAGGACGGACAGUAGGGGAAGGAUUGGUUUGCAAAGCCUCUCUUCCCUGCCCAAAAGAACACCAUUGUGACUCAAACGCCCUCUGUAUUGUUGAUCCCCGGUAUCCCAAGAAUCCGUACUGCAGAUGUCAUCUCGAUUUCAAGAAGUCUGAUAAUGGUGCCUGUGUAGAAAUGAACGAGUGUGAAAAGAUAGGCAACGUGUGUUAUGGCGGAAGAGGAUGUAAACAUGUAGAUGGCAACUAUGGUUGCUUCUGUAUCGACGGUUUCACUGAGGUUCUUGUUGGUUAUAGCUCAGUUUGCAAAGAUAUUGACGAAUGCAAGAAGAGUCCAGACAAAUGCCCAGCUAACUCUCACUGCACAAACACGGAGGGUUCAUUUAAAUGUGAUUGUAAGGCAGGAUUCCAGAAGACAGCUGAUGGAGCUUGUGAGAUGGUAUGUUCGUGCCGUCCAAAUGGGGAAUGCAGUGAUGAAGGAAAAUGCUCUUGUUAUGCUGGAUAUUUUGAAAAUGGGGAAGGAAAAUGUGAAGACAUAGACGAAUGUGAUGCUGACGAGUCUCCGUGCGAUGAUGAAGGCUCUGAAUGUAAAAACCACCAAGGCUGGUUUUCCUGUUCUUGUAAACAAGGAUAUGCGAAGAAAUAUGAUAAAUGUGUCCAGGAAGAGAAAGAACAGAUGUGUAAGUGCGCAGAGAACGAAGAGUGUUAUCAAGGAAAGUGCAUAGAUACAAGUCUUUUUUUUGGUUCAAGCCACUCAAUACACGUUUCAAGUCAAUUAAGCGUACACGUCCUUGUACUGCUUGGGAACCUGGCCCUCAUUGCAUAAGAAACCGCACCUCCUUCUUGCUUCGUUGCUAAAUAGCUCAUUUUCAACUUUAUCCCAUUAAGACUGGCAAUUAAUUAUAAAUAAGAAGUGACGAUUAAAAGGCACCAUUUGUUGUGAUAUAAAUCACUACUUAAGAAUUCAAGAAGUUUUUAAAAGUCUUAUUCAUUGUCGUCACCGUUAUUUCCCAUUUUAAAGACAUUUUUUCAGAUUACAAAUUCUUCGACUCUGAAUUUUGGCGCAUCGCACCUGUUCCUCAUCUCUUCCUUGGGACAUAAUUUAAGUUGUGAAUCAAACGUUUCAGGAUACACUAUGGUACACGUACCUUCUCAGAUCUUAACAGUAGCGUGACACAAUUAUC